CACCAACAUAUGUAGCUGAUCUCAAUCUAUUCAAAUUCACCAUCCGUUUCUCAAACUAUAAAGAUACCCAACAAGAUCAAAGAUAUACAAAAAGACGUCCGACUCCGUUUGAAAUAAGAAAUCAAAAACCUCAUAAGAUACUUCAUCUUUACCACUUCAAAUGUUACUCAUGCCAGAAGACGGUCCACCGGUCUCUCCAUUCCGAGCUCAACAGCUCGUUGCCGACAUCAAGGCUGCUGCUGCAUCUGAACGACCAAGAGCUCAAGCUCAAGCCAUGAACGAGCUUGAUGAUAAUCGAAUUCGAGAAAUCCGUCCACUAGUACCACCUCAAAUUAUCAUUGAAGAAUUACCUCUGUCAGAGACAGCAGCUCAAACGAUUCUUCAAGCUCGUAAAACCUGUGAGAGUAUUAUCAAAGGUAGUGAUGAUAGGUUGAUUGUGAUCGUAGGACCCUGUUCGAUUCACGACGUUAAUGCGGCCAUUGAAUAUGGUCAAAAACUUAAAGAGUUAAUCCCAAAGUUUGAAAAAGAAUUACUCAUCAUCAUGCGAGUUUAUUUUGAAAAGCCAAGAACAACAGUUGGAUGGAAAGGUCUUAUCAAUGAUCCUUUUAUGGAUACCACCUUUAACAUUAACAAAGGUCUUCGAGUCGCACGAGGUUUAUUAUUAGACUUGAACGAUCUUGGUUUACCUGCAGCUGUCGAAUUCCUUGAUACUAUCUCACCACAAUAUAUUGCUGAUCUGGUCAGUUGGGGUGCCAUUGGUGCUAGGACAACUGAGUCACAGGUUCAUCGAGAGCUUGCCUCGGGAAUCUCUGCCCCAGUUGGAUUCAAAAACGGAACCAACGGAGGAGUCGCGAUCGCUAUUGAUGCUAUCCGAGCAGCAUCAGCUGGUCAUCACUUUCUCUCUGUUACCAAACAAGGUCUAUCAGCUAUCGUUAGCACAAACGGUAACGAUGCUUGUCAUGUGAUUCUUCGAGGCUCAACCGAUGGACCCAACUAUUCGGCUCAACAUGUAGAAUCAUGUAGUGCACAACUUUCAAAAGCUGGCCUACGACCAUCAGUGAUGAUCGAUUGCUCGCACGGUAACUCACAGAAACAAUUUGCACGUCAAGUCGUUGUUGCUGAAGAUAUUUCAACUCAGCUUGCUUCCGGUAAGACUGCUCAGAAUAUCAUGGGUGUGAUGAUUGAAAGUCAUCUUAAGGAAGGUAGACAAGAUAUCCCUGCUGAAGGUCCUUCUGGGCUUGUCUAUGGACAAAGUAUUACGGAUGCUUGCAUUAGCUUUGAAACUACCAUCAAGGUUUUGGAAACACUAGCUGAGGGUGUACGCCAACGAAGGGCAACCCAGGCUUAAUGACUGGAUGAGAUAUAUGGAGAUACUGGGGAGGUGGCCUUUUAGGUCGAUUUCAAAAUAUUUUGUGGAUAUGUAUUAUGCUAUCAGAGUUCACACCUUUCUUCGUUAAGAUUGCCUGUUACUUGUUCACUUUUAUACAUGCACUGAAACAUCGUCUUGCUUGAUUUCUGAUCGAGUGUAUAGUGAGU